AUGCAUAUCCAAUCGAUUCCCAUGUGGGUUGGGAGCUCCAACAACUACGCCUAUCUUGUGGUUGACGACAAGUCCAAGGAUGCCGUCAUUAUUGACCCGGCAAACCCGCCAGAGGUUGCGCCUAUUCUCAAGAAUGCUCUUUCGGCGGGCAAGAUCAACCUGACGGCCAUUGUCAACACUCACCACCACUGGGACCAUGCCGGCGGCAACAAGAAACUGCUAUCCGAGCUGGGUACCGACCUGGCCAUCAUUGGUGGUAAGGACUGUGAAGGCGUCACCAAGACGCCAAAGCACGGGGAAACGUUCAAGAUUGGCGACAUUUCAGUCACGGCCGUGCACACGCCGUGCCACACGCAGGACAGCAUCUGCUAUUACAUGGAGGACUCGACUGGCCGGGCCGUCUUCACCGGCGACACUCUUUUCAUCAGCGGAUGCGGCAAGUUCUUUGAGGGUAAUGGGGCGGAGAUGCAUGAGGCGUUGAAUAACAGGCUUGGAGCGCUGCCAGAUGACACGGUUGUCUAUCCCGGACACGAAUACACCAAGUCCAACGUCAAGUUCACCCUCUCCGUGUCCCAGACGGACCCGAUCAAGCGACUUCAGGAGUUCGCAGACAACAACGAAGUGACGACGGGCAAGUUCACCAUUGGUGACGAAAAGAGGCACAAUGUGUUUAUGAGAGUUCAGGACCCCGAGAUUCAAAAGGCGACGGGCGAGACGGAUCCGGUUUCCGUCAUGUCCAAGCUGCGGGAGAUGAAGAACAACUUUAAGUGA